AGUGUUGAUUUCGCUCUGGCCGUUCGCUCAUGUGUUUUUUGCGCUUGCGUCGAAAGUUGUUGGCUGCAGCCGGUCAAAAACAAAGGCUGCAAACCCAAAAGGUGCGAUGAACGGCCUCUUGCCACUCCUCUUGUUGAUCACUUCAGGAGGAGUCGUUUGGCUGUAUCAGUUUCAUCCCAGCCUCGUGGCUUGCGAGCAUGAGAAAAGUGCCGUUGCACUACCUCAUGACGUUUCCAAUUCCCACGAUGGCUGGAUGUCUAAAGACGAGGCAGAAUCGCUGCGUAAUGAGAACAAGCAGUUCAGCCUGCAGCUGAAGCAGGCCAAAGAAGAAUUACAAAGCUUGGAGAAGUCUCUUGCGGAUGCAAACUCAAAGCUUGUUAAUGCACAGGUGGAAUUGGAUCGGACCAGGGAAGUUUUACCCUUGGACCCCAACGACACCUGUGGUGCCCCAAGCGCACGCCAAGACCAUGGGAGCAGCAACACGGUCUACUGCGCAGACUCGCCUUUGCAAAUGGGAAGGACAAAAGAUUUCCCUGAGUGUCAGAUGGCAUGUGCAUUCAAUUCCAGUUGCGAGUUUUAUAGUUAUUGGUCAGCGGGUCCCCGAUCGCGUUUGUGCAGGAUCACGUCUUCCUGCCAGAAAUUGGUGCAUGUCGAGCAGAAGAGCGAGGUUGUGAAAGUCUACCAGCGCAUUGUGCCUGCCACAAGUCAGUUGAGCUACAUGCAGCUCAUGGGCAUGUACGAUAGCGGCACAAAUCUCAUGCUGGCAACAUUGGCUGGCAAUUUCCCACUUUGCUGUCAACAAGCACGACGGCCUGACAUUUCUGGAUUGCAAGUGCCAGCGGCGCCGCAUGGUCGAUGCUUGGCCUGGGCCACACCAGAGAAGCAUGUGAAUCCCUUGAAACUUCUUGGCACCAUUCAAGGCAACAAGACCAAGUACUGGAACCCAGAGCUCUGGGACUUCCGCGAGAGACAUCGAAUUGUUGUUGUUGCCAUGGUGAGGGAUCCAUUGUCACAACUUCAAAGUUGGAGAAAGGCACCCUAUGGUAUGGAACGAUGUGCAAAGCGGAAGCGAUGCCCCUUCAGCGGUGCAACAGCUGACUGCGCUUCAAAGACUGCAUGGCUCACCGAGCCUUGCCAGUUCUUCGAUGGCACCGAUGGUCCCCCUGGCGCCGGCUGCUCUGCCAAAGCUUUGCCAAUUCCGGGAAUCAUUGGAGGAGCCUUCGGGUCUUUGCCUGGCAUUUGGAACGCCUACACCUGGGGUUAUGUCAGGCUCCAGGAGGAAGCUGGCUACAAAAGCGUGUUCCUAGUGCGCUUCGAAGAUUUGGUCACUGAUCCGGUCGGGAUCAUCCAGAGGAUCUCUGUGGCCAUGGAGAUGACAAUCGAGGACGCAGCCAUCAAAGUGAUGGAAGGGGUCGCAAAGGACCAUGGGGAAGCCAAGAACCGGAGCACAGAGAUGCGAUCCUUGGAGUCCCGGACUUUUAUGAAGGCCUACAGCCUACCCGAGCUGAAAGCUGCUUGUGUUCGGCUGAAUUUUUCCUUGGCACAGAAGGUUGGAUAUCCAUUGCAAGAAUGUCAAGUCUUUAAGGAUGAAGCUAUUGCAGAGGCUCCAAUCGAUGAAGACCAUAAACGUGUCGAGAUGGAAGAGAAGAGGUCACGAUUCAGAAGUCGGUAUAUCAGACCACCACGCACCAGAGGGGUGCUCCGUACGCGGCCCAAAACGGCGGGCAAAUGAUUCAGGUGUGUCUUUCUGCGGACCCUGCUCACAGGCUGAAUGGGCCAAAACUGUGCAAGCCGGACAAGGCUGCACAUCUUACACUGAGUGGCCAAAGCCACAUAGUUUAACAAAAUAGUCCCAAAUUGACCUUCGUGCGUGGCACCAG